AUUUAUUUAUUUGCACGCCAUUAUUGUUUAUAUUGUCCCCAAACGUCUUCUCUUUUGCUCCUCCCCCCCUAGCUGUCCGUCACAGUGCCUCAGUGCCACAGAGUCACAGACACAGACAUUGACACAGAGGUUUUGGUAUUUGAUCUAUAAUGGGCAUGAAACUCAUCUGGAUCAUCAGCUGCCUGUUCCUCGCAGAGUGCUAUCUCAUGCUGAAGGCAGAAGGUGGCAGAGUGGUAGAGAAGGCAGAGGCAACUAUCCCGGUGACGACACUGUCGCCCCCGGAGGGCAAUACGACCUUCGUCGGGGGGACGACAUGGUGCGUGGCGCUUCCUGGAGUGUCCCAAGUUGAUCUGCAGAGCGCACUGGACUGGGCCUGUGGACUCGGGAUGGCCGACUGCAAGGCCAUCCAGGAAGGUGGACCCUGCUUUGAACCGGACACCCUCCUGUCUCACGCCUCCUACGCUUUCAACAGCUACUACCAGCAGAAUGGGAACUCCGACGUCGCUUGCAAUUUCGGGGGCACCGCCACCCUCACAAAGGCUAACCCGAGUUACGCGAAAUGUAGUUAUGCUGCAUCCAGUUUGAGCUCAUCGGCGCCUCCACUCUCCUACCAUGGACCGAGUCACUUCUGGUGGAAUUCGAUCGGGAUUCUGCUGCUUCUCUUCCUGAGAAGAAGCUGAUGGAUAAAGAAGAGAGCGAAGAAUCGGUCCUAUAAACCCAACUGGCCCUUUUUGUUCAGUGCAUGCAACUGAUGAACUGUAAGGAAAAGUUGCAAAAGCGUGAUUUAAUUUGCUGGGUAAUAUGUAUGUCAGUGCUUAGCUUAGCAUUUUGGCAAGGAAUCAGUGUCUUGUCUGCUUCUUUCCCUCAUCAAUAUUUUUCCUAAGGAAUCAGACAAAUGUAGCUUUUCUCGUCAACAAGAAAGUUGUAAUUGUCAUUACUUAACACAGUCCAAAUCUUCUU